AUGAGUUGUUUUCCUUAUGCCUCUAGAGGUAAUGUUUCCUCUCAGUUUGAAAGGUCAGAUUUAGCCCAGCAUUGGGUAAAUAAUCCUAGUCAUAAUUCUGAUGCCACCACUGAUCCGACAGUCAGUAAUGGAGGUGGCGCUGUUGGCGGUAGGACUCCAGCACCGCCGUUACGCACAACAAGUGCACCUAUUGGAAGCUCCAUUGAAAAUAUCCCCUUUAAACCAAAUAAACCCUUGCCGCUUACUCCACUAGAAGAAGAAAAGCGUGAGAAAAAGAAGUGUAAAAGUAGACUACAAAAGUUUAAACCAUCUAUUAUGCCAAAUAUUUCUGCACCUGUUAAUGUGAUGCAUAAAAUUCAUAUAACAAUUGAUCCAGUGACUGGAGAAUUUGAGGGUAUGCCACCAGAAUGGUCUCAUAUGCUUACAAUGGCUGGCAUCACAAAAUGGGAACAACAACAAAAUCCAACUGUUGUAUUGAAUGUAUUAAAUUUAUUGAGUAAAAAGGAUACAACUCCACAAAAAUAUAUGACAAGUAUCAUUGGACCAUCAGGAGGAGGAAGCGGCGGUGGUAAGUACUUCUUCUAUUUGUUUGUCUCCUAG